AUGUCGCCCAUGCUGUCAUCAGAGUUGCUAACAAGUACUAUGAUUCUACCGAUCUCCAAUUGGUGGUACUUUUCCUUUCUUUCAUUCAGUAUUGGGAUCAGGGCGUCUUCAAUGUUACAGAAACAUGGGGUCUUAAACCAAAGAAUAGCCUCCAACAUGGGUCUUAAGCCAAAAAAUAGCCCAAGACCCACCCUCAAGCAUUAUGAGAAGAGGUCUUAA